AAUGCUGCAAAGGAACCGCUGCAUAUGUUUAGGUUUAGUGUCCCAUAUCCUGUUUUGGUAGAUCGCUUCCGCACAGAAUUGAAUUUAACACCACCAGUUGAUUGGAAUAGAACUGCGCUCUUUAUGGAGACAUCGAAUGAUUUUAGCGCUUUAUUCAUUUCUACGAAUACCUCUGGGAGAUUUCGGAUCGUUACCAACUUAGAUUUUUAUCAUGAUCUUCCUUACACGGAAAUGGCAAUAAAAUUAGUGAAGCCAUUCUAUGUUAUAUUACUACAAUGUGAAUUCCGAUUUGGUUAUGCUCUUGCGCCGUUUGAUGAUAUGCCUGACGAGAAACACAUCGAUGAUGCAAUAUCAGUUCUGGGUAUCAAAAGUGAAUUCAAUGAGACUUAUUUGUAUGAGGAGCAGUUCUAUUCGCAAUUUUCAAUGUUGGACGAUCAUAAAAAUGAAGAUGAAUAUGAAGAUGAAGAAUAUCUGGACGAUGAACUUUAA